AUGCACUCCUCCUUCACCCGCCUCCAGAACGUCUUCGGCUUCUUCACCACCGUCGCGUGCGUCCUCGGCGCCUUCAUCGCCGCCACCGACCUCUUCACCCCGCGCACGCCCAGCGGCGUCAUCAGCCCCAACAAUGUCCAAGUUGUCAAGGGUCGCCCGCACUACUACUCCUCCAAGAAGGAAGAGUACGCCAUCAUAAAGUUCUCCCUCGAGGCCGACCUCUCCUCCCUCUUCACGUGGAACACGAAGCAGGUCUUCGUCUACAUCACCGCCGACUGGCCCGCCGUCGCGGGCGCCAACGCGACCAACUCGGCCGUCAUCUGGGACACCAUCAUCACGAACCCGAGCGCCGACCACCUCAAGAACAUUGGCCCCCUGGCCAUGAAGAAGCUCAAGAAGAGCGCCGAGGGCAAGACCAUUGACCCCAGCCGUGGCCUCCUCAAGCUGCGGAACCAAAGACCCAAGUACCAGAUCACGCACCCGAGCGGCAAGAUUGCGCAGGCCCAGGAUGUCACGCUCAAGAUUCACUACAACGUCCAGCCGUGGGUUGGCCUGCUCACCUGGAACAUGGACAAGGAUAUCUACCAGUGGAAGACCAUGGCCGGCGGCCUCAGCGACAAAUUCACGCUCCCCGCCAUCAAGUCCAAGGACAACAAGAGCAAGAGCAAGAGCAAGUGA